AUGCGUUAUCCAAAAACUGGGUUGACAUUUGCAGCCCUUACUGGUGAAAGAAAACAAUCUGUGGUUGACGCUGAAAGAAUGUUAUCGUACCUUGUUGCCAAGUUUCUUAGUGAAAAUGGUUAUGAGAAGGAAGGAGAGUAUGUUAACAUUGUUUCAGGAUGGCAUGAGGCAGCAGAUGGCAGAAGUCUUUUCGAGCUUGAGCGAUGCAGAAAGAACUACGCUAUGCUCAACAUGGUUUUGGAUGACUGGAUGCCAUGGCAUAAGACAACACAUAAUUUUGGUACCAUUGACAUCAACAGGUACUGUAUAAUUAUGAUAGAAACAAUAUCAAUAGCUCAUUAUUUCAACACAAUGAUAUGAAAAUGUUUACUUGUAAUUACUUAAUUACGAUAUAUACACUAUGAAAAUAUGUAGAAUUGUUUUCUGUUUUGUUUAUUUUCUAGACCAAUCAAAGGAAUUUGUGGGUUCUCCAGAGAGACUGUGAUUGCUGUCACUACAAACAUCGAAAGCAUUGAAUAUCGCAGAAGAUAAUCUGAUAGAAUUGGAUAUCCAGAACAUCCUAGAGCUGGCACUUCAGAUGAUGUAGAGACAUUUAUCUCAUUGUUGCACCGUUUCCUUGGCAAUAUCUUUACAGUGAAAGAUAUGAAAUCUUUAUGGAGAAAAGUUGUGAGGUAUAGUAUACAUAGUGUACAUGAAGGGCAAUACAAAACAUUUAUACAUAUAUAUUUUCCUUUAGAGAGUAUUGCAAACGAAUUGACAAAGAUUUGCCAUUUUACUACUGGACAAGCAAUGAGCGCUUCAGAGAUUUUGAUGAUGAAUUGCCAAGUUUUAAUGAAGCUGAUGAGAUCCCAGAAGACAUAGAACCAAAAGAUCAUCUAUUCCGGCUUCACAGGCUAGUUGUUAACAGACGAGAAGACUCAUCCAUAUUCGCACCAGGGCGUUGCUUUUUGCCAGUAC